AUGAGCCAGAGUUUUGACAUCAACGUACUUCGUGAAGAAGCAAGGACUAGGUGGUUAAAGCCUUCUGAAGUGUACUAUAUAUUGCAGAAUCACGAGAGGUUCCCGAUAACCCAUGAGGCACCAAAGAAGCCACCCAGUGGUUCCCUAUUCCUUUACAAUCGUCGUGUCAAUCGGUAUUUCCGGAGAGAUGGUCACACAUGGCGGAGGAAGAAGGAUGGAAGAACUGUUGGGGAGGCUCAUGAACGACUGAAGGUUGGAAAUGUUGAUUCUUUGAGCUGCUAUUACGCUCAUGGGGAGCAAAAUCCAUGUUUCCAGAGACGGUGUUUCUGGAUGUUGGAACCUGCAUAUGAACACAUUGUGCUGGUACAAUAUAGAGAGGUUGCUGAGGGCAGAUAUUAUUCAUCACAACUGUUGAAUGGCCCCCCAGAACCUCUUUCAUCCUUGGGAUAUCCAAAUGCCAUCUGUGGAAACCAAUACCACAGCUCCACUUCUGGCACUAGUGAGGGCAGUGAGUCCCAUCAGAGCUAUUCUAAUUUGAGUUCUGUAACUGAAGUAAGUUCCUAUUCCAGUAACAAAGAGUAUAACAAAAAUGAUGGCGGUUUACUAAGCAUACCAGAGGUUGGACACACUUGUCUGCAACAAAAUCGGACCGAUAAUGGUAACUUGCAAAAUAAAUCUGGGCUUAAUAUGGCUUUAAAGAAGAUAGCUGAGCAGUUAAGUUUGGGUGAAGGUGAUGAUGAUGACUAUAUUUACUCAAAUCAAGCUCAUUCCGUGGGAGGUGAAAACCAAGUAAAACAAAUUCGACAAGAAGGAACACAGAAAGGUUUAAGUAGGAAUAUAGCACCAUCAUGGGAAGAUGUACUGCACUCCAGUUCAGGUUUACCAACUUCAUCCAUAUACCAGCAAUCGGAUGUCGAGUAUCAGAAAAAUUCAGAAUACCAUCCACCAGAACGCCUGGACAGCAGUGAUUUGCGCAUACAACUUUCUGCUGCUAAAAGGUUUCUUUUAGGACCAGAGGCCACCAUUGACUCACCAUCUUUGAACUCUGUGCUGAGAAACAGGGUGAACUGUGUAACUGAUACCAUUUCAGCUUAUGACAGUAGAUUUGAAAGCUCUCUGAACCCAGAUUGGCAAACAAAAACAGCAUUAACAUUUCAAAGCAAUUCUCAGGACUCUGAAAUAGCGGAGUUGUUUGACCAUGGUCAUUUUGAACCCUACUCCAGAGAAGAUACAACAUUUGCCUUAGGACAGACAAACAAGUUUAGCAUUCGUGAGAUCUCUCCAGAAUGGGCAUUUUCCUAUGAGAUCACCAAGGUCAUCAUUACGGGAGAUUUUCUAUGUGAUCCAUCAAAUUUGUGUUGGGCCGUGAUGUUUGGUGACAGUGAGGUACCUGUUGAAAUAGUUCAGCCAGGUGUUCUCCGCUGCUACACACCACUGCACAGCAGUGGAAAUCUCAGAAUCUGCAUUACUUCGGGAAACAGAGAAGUUUGCAGUGAAUUCAAAGACUUUGAGUUCCGCUCAAAACCAACCUCUUCUGGUUUCACAGACAUUGCACCAUCUUCUAGACAUCUGAACUCCAGUGAAGAGUUGUUACUUCUUGCAAAAUUUGCUAGAAUGCUUUUGUCUGGGAAUGGAAGCCCUGAAGUUCCAGAUGGUGAUCCCCAAUCUGGACAGUGUCCAAAACUUAAGAUGAAUGAAGAGCUCUGGGAUAGGUUGAUUGACGAACUCAAAGUAGGGUGCGAAAAUCCAUUAAACUCAGUUGAUUGGAUUUUGGAGGAACUGCUGAAAAGUAAAUUACAGCAGUGGUUAUCAGUGAAGCUCAGAGGAUUCAAUGGAACGGAUUCUCUAUCCAAGCAUGAGCAGGGUAUUAUACACUUAAUCUCUGCCCUAGGCUAUGAGUGGGCAUUGUCGUCAGUUCUCAGUGCUGGUGUUGGUCUAAAUUUUCGUGAUUCAAAUGGUUGGACUGCUCUUCAUUGGGCUGCUUAUUUUGGAAGGGAAAAGAUGGUUGCUGCACUCCUUGCUGCUGGUGCAUCGGCAACAGCAGUUACUGAUCCCACUGCACAAGACCCAGUGGGUAAAACAGCAGCUUUCCUGGCUUCUGAACGAGGGCAUACGGGCCUUGCAGGCUAUCUUUCAGAAGUGUCGCUAACUAGCUAUCUUGCAUCACUCACUAUAGAAGAAAGUGAUGUCUCAAAAGGAUCAGCUAAAGUUGAAGCAGAGAGAGCUGUGGAAAGCAUAUCUCAGAGGAGUGCCCAACUGCAUGGUGGCACAGAAGAUGAGCUCUCAAUGAAGGAUUCUUUGGCAGCAGUGAGGAAUGCAGCUCAAGCAGCAGCUCGCAUCCAGAAUGCUUUCCGUGCCUUUUCUUUUAUGAAGAGACAGCAGAAGACUGCUCGACUUAGGGAUGAAUAUGGAAUGACCCAAGAGGAUAUAGAUGAACUUGCAGCUGCAUCAAGGUUGUACCACCAAGCUCAUGCUUCGAGUGGUCAGUUUUAUGAUAAAGCAGCUGUUUCAAUUCAGAAGAAAUACAAAGGUUGGAAAGGCCGCAAACAUUUUCUCAACAUGAGAAGAAAUGCAGUUAAAAUACAGGCUCAUGUAAGAGGCCAUCAAGUGAGAAAGAAAUACAGAACAAUUGUAAGCACUGUCAGUGUGCUAGAGAAAGUAAUUCUUAGGUGGCGCCGGAAAGGUCGUGGCCUACGUGGUUUCCGAGCUGAGCAGCAACCAAUGGUCGAAGCAAUAGAGGAAGAUGAUGAGGAAGGUGAUGACUUCGAUGAUGAUGAAGCAGUCAAGGUCUUCCGUCAGCAGAAGGUCGAUCAAGCUGUAAAGGAGGCUGUGUCAAGAGUGAUGUCCAUGGUAGACUCUACCGAAGCAAGGAUGCAAUAUCGACGAAUGCUUGAGGAGUUUCGCCAGGCAACUGCAGAAUUGGAAGGAUCAAAUGAAGUAACAUCGAUAUUUGACACUGACUUAGAGUUAUUAGGGAUCAACAACUUCAUGUAA